AGGACGUCAAGGAUACGACGCACACUUUUUCCUUGAUAGACCCGAGCAAUACGAACAUAAGGCAACUCAAAAUGCCGAUUUCGUAUUUUAGCCUGCUACUGGUGUUGUCGGCUGCCUGGAUGGGACAUGGAUUGCCCGCAGAGCCGAAGGAACCAACGUCGAGGGAUUCGCGGCAGAUGAUGUUCCCUUUCGGUGUAGUACCAAUGCAGCAACCCAGUGAUUUCAUCGACGUUGGCACUUUAGUGCAUCACCUGCCUCCAGCAGCAAAACUUAGGUUGGUGGAUGCUUUGUUAACUACAACAGCAGCACUGUCUGAAAAUCCUCCAUUGAGCCCUGGCUACAAAGCUGGAACAGGGCCAAACAGUUUGGAUUUAUCGAAUCUCGACCCGAACGCUUCCCCUGAAGAACUCUUCCAAAGGAUCAGCCACCUGGUGCCGUAUUCGCUAGAAGAACUAAGAGAUAUGCAAUCACGGCUGGGAUUGGAUGCAGUUGUUACCCUCAUCGUCCAAGCCCUGGUUGGCCAGAUUGUAAGUGUUCUUAUAGUACCAUUCAUCAUAAGCAUAAUCGCUGGUAUGUUUGCUGGCUAAGCUGGGUGUCUGCUUGACGGCAACCAUUCGUUUGCGCUGCUUUAACUGUUUUGAUUUACGAGAAUGAUUCGUAGUC